AUGUCGAAUUUUACAAGAACCAGUUACUCUGGUUGUCUGAUCUCAGACGAAUCACUAGAGUAUUAUGUGAGCAUCGGCUACUUGCCCGAUUCUGUCCGUCGCACUUGGAUCAYCCUUKUGGUCGUGAACAGCAUUGCUUCUCCCCUGACCAUCGCGAUUAACCUGUUAAUCAUUUGGACGGUGGUAAAGGACAAGAAUCUGCGAAAGGUCAACUACAACAUCUUGCUUGCUGCUCUGGCAGUGACUGAUUUUAUUGUAGGGCUUGUGGUAGAGCCUCUGUACGUUUUUCGGCUGUUUUGUCUUAUCCAAGGAUGUUCAACAGCGUGUGUUUUUACCGCUUAUAUGAUAUCAGUCAUGUGCGCUGGUGCUACUCUGGUAAUAUUCAUGGUGUCCAGUAUUGAGAGGUACCUGGCCAUAGAACACACUCAGUUCUACCUGGAAAACGUCACAACCAAGAAAAUCAUUCUCACUACGGCCUUAGCGUGUUUGAUCGUUCCAACAGCAGCCUUUUCGGUAAGAAUGCUUUUGGGCAAACGAUUGCAGAAAGUGCCAGUUGCAGUGGCUGUGGGUAUGAAUGUUCUCAUCAUUUUAUAUUGCUCAAUCAAAGUACAAGUGACUGCCUACCGUCAAAGACGAGCCAUCAACGCACAAGCAGCGACAGUACAGUUACAACAGGAAGAACUAGAAGAGCAGGAAAGGCGACUUCAGGAAUACAAGAGAGCAUUUACCAUGGGUGUAUUAGUACUUGCAUCGAUUCUUCUCUACUGCCCAUACAUCAUCAACACCAUCCUACUGGGGACAAACGGGGGGGACAAGUCCAGCCUUAUCUCAACUCCUGGGUUUGUCCCGACAUUCGUCAAUCUACAGUCCCUGUUGAACCCGAUCAUCGUAUCGCUUCGAGUAUCUUACAUUCGUGAAGGUGUGAAGAAUAAACUAUGUUGUCGUGAGUAA